CCUUUACGACAAUUUCUCUGAAAAAUCGAAAUGUCUGUUGGUGUUCAUCAUAUGCAUAAUUUGCACUCUCUGCAUAGAAAUGGAAGACAUAAUCAGCAUCGGCAAGACCCAAACUUUCAGACAUACUACGAACAACGACAUAGCAAAAAUUGACAAACUCGAAGAGGCAUUGGCGGCGACUAGUACGAGGAACAAGACUGUAAUAAUAUCCUUCGUGAAUAAGGCAUAUGUGGAAGGGAAUAAGACGACAAUGCUGGAUGUGUUCUUGUACGGUUUCUCGAAUGGCGAAGGGACUCGGGAGUUGAUGAAGCAUCUUUUGAUCGUGGCGAUGGAUGGAGCCUCGUACAAGCGAUGCCGAUCUCUGAGGCUACAUUGCUACAAGUUGGAGACACAAGGGGUGGACUUUGAAGGCGAAAAGGUUUACAUGUCCGAAGAAUUCAUAAGGAUGAUGUGGAGAAGAACUUUGUUCCUUGGAGAAGUCCUCCAACGUGGUUACAACUUCAUCUUCACGGACAUGGACGUGCUGUGGCUGAGAAACCCCUUCCCAUACCUAACAACGACCGAGCCGGAACUGGACCUCCAGAUCAGCACCGACAAGUACAGGUCAGCAUAUCCACGUGUCAACACCGGGUUCUACAUGAUCCGAUCCAACAACAAGACCCGGGCCCUUUUCCACGCCUGGUACGCCCGCAAGGACACCUCUCCGGGCCUUAAGGAGCAGGACGUCCUCCAGGCUCUCAUGCUCCGCGGUGUUUUCCGCCGCUUGAGCCUCACCGUCAAGUUUCUCGACACUCUCUACUUCAGCGGCUUCUGUCAGGACAGCCGCGACCCCGCCGCCGUCGCCACCGUCCACGCCAACUGUUGCCGUGGCAUGGCCGCCAAGCUAACCGAUUUGACGGCGGUCCUCCGUGACUGGAAGAGAUAUAAUGUUAAUGAUAAAAUGACGCCGUUCCGGUGGUCAUCUCACUCGGCUUGUAGGAAGUCGUUUGGUUAAACAAUGUCGUUUUCCAUGAAUGUUUAGGUUUGAUUUUGUUCGACACCAAUUAUUAUCGCAAGAUUUAAAUUAAUUGAAUAUAUAUAUAUAUAUGCCUUGUUU